ACUAACAAUAGGAUCACAAUGCCACACUCAGACCAUCAUUGUUCAUGGAGAAAACACACCUUGGCUUUAUUCUCUAUGCAUGUUGACAGUGAAGUCACCAGACCAAAUUUGGACUGACACUGGAGGGAAUAGAAGCUCAUCACUUCCUAAUGUUGUGUUCGGGAGCAAAUAUCACAUUCAUUGUAGUUUUGCACACUACAUUUGAGAACUGUUGUAUCAAAGGAUGGGUUUCCCCACAAAGUUACCAACAUUCCUGUAAUCAAAGUGUUCUAACAAGAAUAGAGCUGGAAUUGUGGUAUAAGAUCUCUGAAUAACCUCUUGAUGAAUGAAAAGCUGGGCUAAUUUGUGUAGUAUCAAGUCCAAACAGUAGAUUGAUGAUAAUGAGUUAAACAACCAGAGAAAAAUACUCUCCCAUCCCACAAGAUUCCAAGAUUCGUAACUCGCAAAUUCCAGAGUAGAAGUGAGAUCAUUUGAAGUCGGCACACCUUAUCAAGUUUCUGAAAGUAACAAGCUUAACUGACUGGUUGAGUUUGUACUAAAGUGUGAAAUGGCAACAUAAGAAGCCUUUACACUUCCUAUUAGGACAGAAUAAAGCACACGGAGGCAGAAAGAGGAGAUCACCUUGUGACCACCGUUUGAUCUGGAAACCAGCCUGUUACCAGCAAGGAGGCUAUGUUGAAGUAAUUGCAGAAAGUUUCUUGACAAGACUUAGGAAAUGACUUCAAGACCAUCUGGGUUGAAAGCCCCAUCUUCCGGGCUAAAACCCCCCUCCAGAAUAGGCAAGCCAUCAGGGUUAGUGCAACCCAAGGCAGGCAGCAAAGCACAAAGUCCAGAGCCACAGCUUCCUCCCCCACCAAGUGAUGACUUUAUCAUAGGUGACCGUGUCUGGGUGGCAGGGACCAAGCCAGGGGUAAUAGCUUUCUUGGGAGAGGCACAGUUUGCCCCAGGACAGUGGGCGGGGGUGGUACUAGAUGAACCCAUCGGCAAGAAUGACGGCUCAGUGGCAGGAGUGAGAUAUUUUCAAUGUGAACCUAAACAUGGAGUAUUUUCUCGGCCUGGUAAACUAACCAGGCAGCCGGUGGCGCCAGGGAGUGUGGAGGCAACUCCUGCAGGGGACAGCUCAAACUCUGCUUCCGCCUCGUCAAAUUCUGCUUCCAGUGCGGCGGCCCCAGCUGCCACUCCUGCCAGGGCUGGGCAGGCCAAUGGCACAACCUCCAGACUGGCAGCCCCAACACCCAGAGCCAGUGGACUUGUUAAGAAAUCAAGCCUUGGCUCAAACACAAACUUGACUCGGUCCCCUUCAGGCUCAGUGUCAAACCUCCCCACCACGGCCAGUUCUGUACCAAAGCAUAAUCUUAAAGUAGGGGACCGUGUCCUAGUCAGUGGCUCCAAGCCUGGGACUCUACGCUAUGUGGGCACCACAGACUUUGCCAAGGGGGAGUGGGCAGGGGUGGAACUGGAUGAUCCCCUGGGGAAGAAUGAUGGGGCAGUGGCUGGAAAAAGGUAUUUUGAGUGCAAGCCAAUGUUUGGGCUAUUUGCACCAGUUCAUAAAGUGGCCCGCAUAGCAGGGGGUGCACACAGUGGCUCAGGGAGUCCACGGGCACGCUCCCUGUCAAAAUUAGGCACACCUUCCCGCGAACGUAGCGGCAGCAUGGAGUCCAUUAGCUCCAUUGGUUCCUCGGCUUCGAGUGUGUCACGCAGCCGGGUAAGAUUGGGUGUCACGUCCCUUAGCGGCCAGCCCACUCCAGGGAAGAGUACAAAGAGACCAAGUACCCUGAAUCUUACAGCCACCACACAAGCCUUGCAGAAAGCGCUGAAGGAGAAGGAGGAGCAUAUAGAGCAGCUGCUGAAGGAGAGGGACAUGGAGAGGUCGGAGGUCGCCAGGGCAGCAUCCCAGGUGGAUGAGGCCGAGUCCCAGUUGGCGUCUCUGAAAGCUGAACACGAGAGGUAUGUGCUGGAGAACGAGGAGAACAUGAAGCAGAUGAAGGCACUGAUGGAGGAGGUGGGCAAGGAGAACAGAGAGCUGAAGGCACAGCUAGAGGAGGAGAAUAGAAAAGUAGAAGACUUGCAGUUUGCUAUUGAAGAAGAGAGUAUUAUCAAGGAUGACUUGGAGAAUAAAACUGAGGAGGAAGAGGCAAAGCAGCAACAACUUGAGAGGAGGAUAGAAGAAGAGAGGGCCAGGGCAGACAAACUGGCAGAAGAACUCAGGACAGUUAAGACUGAAUUUGAGACUGAAAAAGCCAAAUCCAAGGCUUCUGAAGAUUCUUCUGUGGAAUAUCUAGAUCAAAUAGAAGAAUUGACUCACAAGCUAAGUCAGGCAGAGAAACAAAUCCAGGAAUAUGAAACGUCUAAUGCUGAAUCUGGAGCCAAGGCUAGUCAGUUUAGUGAGGAGUUGCAACAGAAGAAUAUCAAAAUAAAAGAACUUGAAGAAGAAUUGAGUAGAAAGAUUUCAGAAUAUUCUCAGUUGGAAAACAGAAUGUCUGAAAUGGAAGAGAAGCUGACUUCUGGUCAAAGCAAGAGACAAAAACAACAAGAAACAAUAGAUGAACUUAUGCAGAAACUGGCCAGCAGUGACACGGCCUCCUCCACACUUGGUGCAGAACUACAGGACCUCAAGACACAGAUAUCAGAUCUCCAGAGACAGCUUAAGGCCAGUGAUGAGAAGGGAGAACAUCUCACAGAAGAUAAAAAUAAGCUGGAGCAUCAGAUAGCAGAGCUGAUGAAGCAUUCAGGAGACAGCUCUGAGCAGCUCUCCAUGAUGAAUGAACAGCUGCGCGAGAAAGAUAGAAAGCUGGAAGAGCUCCAAGCAAGCUUGUCCAGCUCUACACAAAAAGUUGGAAAACUCGAAGACCUCCUUCGACAGGGCAAGGAGCAGAGUGAGGCGGAGACAGAGGUGCUCCUGUCCAAGCACCAGCAGGACAUUAACUCUUUCCAGGAGAGACUGGAUGAGAUGCAAGAGGAACUAAACAAGUCCAACAACAAAAUGACCAAAAUGACAGAGACUUACGAGAAGGACAAGCAGGAGCUGGUGCAGAGGAAGGAGAGUGAAGUCAGUGAACUGAAGAGCCAGUUGUCAGCCAAGGAGGAGCAGGUAUCACAACUGAACCAGAGUGGAGAGGACAGCAAGAAACAACUGCAAGAACUGAACAAGGAGAAAGAGAACCUCGUGUUUGAAAAAGAGAAACUAGAGAAGCAGUUGAAAAGAACAGAGGAAGAAAAGAGCAGUAUUCUCAAGGAGAAAGAGGAUGCCGUUACAGAAAAAGAACAAUUGCUUGCAGAGAAACAGAAAAUUAAGUCAGAAAGAGGUUCCAUGGACCAGCAAGUACAGCAGCUUGUCAAGGAGAGAGAUGCAGCUAUCAGAGAAAAGAAUGAGGCAUUAAAGAUCAAGGAAGAAGUGUUGGCUGUGAAAGAGAAGUUGGCCACAGAGUGGGAACAGGUGCUCAAGGAGAAAACAGACAUGGAGAAAGCUUUGAAAGAGAAGAACCAAAAGCUGCAGGACAUUGUGAAAGAGGUUCCAAAUAUGGUGUCCACGGUUGAGAAGCUUCGAACUGAAUGGUCUAAUCAAAAGUCACAGUUAGAAAAGAGCCAGCAGGAAUCUAGAAAAGAUAUUGAGAACAUGGAAGAGCUUCAUAAACAGCUUGCUGGUCUAAAACAAAACAUUGAGGACUACCAGAAGCAAUUAAAUUCUACAGAACAUGAGAGAAAUGCCUUGAAACAAGAGGUGGAGACACUCAAGGCAGUGCAAAAGGAAAAAGAAGAACUGGAAAUGGAACAUAAGAGUCUACUAAGUGAGCUGGAGAAUGUUAAAGACAGUGCCAGGAAGCAGACAGAUGACUAUGAUGUGGAGAGAUCUGCUCUACAGAAAUCUCUAGAAACUACUAAGCUACUGCUGCAACAGAAAGAGAAGGAGGUAGAGCGCCAAAAAGGAGAGAUUGUGAGUUUGCAAGGGGAGACCACACUGCUGGGCAGCUACAAGAGUUCUAUGGAGAACCUGGAACAUGACAAGACCAGGCUGGAGAACAAGGUGAAGUCACUGCAGAGAGAGCUGGACGAGAUGAAGAACAAUGCCAUCAAUGUCAAUGACUCUGGGGAUGCUGCAAUGAUCAAGUUAAAGGAAGAAAAUGUGGCAGCUGCUGGUCAGAUAGACUUCCUCAACUCUGUCAUUGUGGACAUGCAGAGGAAGAAUGAAGAGAUGAAGCUGAGACUCGAAGCCAUGGAGAAAGGGGAUUUCAUGAAUGGAACUCUAGAUACAUCUGGAGAUUCACACACCCCGCCCCGUGUGGCUGCUCCCAGAAUGUUCUGUGAUAUCUGUGAUGUGUUUGACCUCCAUGACACGGACGACUGCCCCCAGCAAGCCAUGUCGGACAGUCCGCCAGCCACACACUACCAUGGCUCCAGGGACGAGAACAGGCCCUACUGUGAUAUAUGUGAAGUGUUUGGCCAUUGGACUGCAGAUUGUGAUGAUGAGCAGACAUUCUAGGAAGUCCACAGCACCAUUGCCAAGCACAGUACUGCUCAAGGAAGUGUUCAGCCCCAUUCCAUUAAAACUUGCCUGGCAAUACAGCACUUAGCCCACACUGCAGCCCACAUGGCAGCUGUGUGAACAGAAAUAAUGAUAUUAUGUACAGUGAAGUUUUAUUUACAAGGUUGUUCCAGUUUAGGCUACAUUACAUGGUGGAUGUGGGUCAGUUAAGAGUACCUCAUGUGGAGUUCAGCCCAGUCUGUUGUAGUGUAUGCCCCUGAAAUUGGUUUUCUCAUUCAAGUGCCUUCCUGACACUGCUGCCUAAUGCUUUAUGUGUGUGAUAUUUUUUUUUAUUGUAAUUGGUAAUCUGAAAUCUGAACAACCUCCAGACCUCUGGUUGAAGGUCACCCACUUUUUUCUUCUCACUUCUUUCUUACAAUCCAUGCCUUAUUUACACAGCUCAAACACUACUGAUGUGUGAAAAUAAUUAUUUAUGUUAUUAAGUCAUUUGUUUUAUUGCGUAAAUGAGCAAAUAGGAGCAUCAUUUUAAAGAAGUCCCUGAGGAAGUUUGGAUCUUCAAGUCAAUCUUUGGAUAAAAUGUUAUCCUUUUUUCUCAGGAUUAAGGGCUACGUAGGAAAUUAAUGUUAAAGCAUUGUAAAUUUAGAAAUACUUACAAUAGAUUUUACAGAAUUAUGGGAGAUUGGAAGGUUAAAGAUCUUAUUCUCAAUAUAAUAUUUUGUCCAGACAUCAGUUUGUGCACUUUGCUUACAUUUAUCUGCAUAUUAUUUGUACUUUGUUCAUAAGCAUUAAUUCAAAUUUAGAAGCUCCUACAAGAAAUAAUUGUUUUGUGCAAGACCAGUUGCACAGUGCAUUCCUAGAAGAAUGACUUUAAGUGACUGUUAGUGAACAAAAACAGUUCCAAAUAAAGAUGUUUACAUGUUUUAAAGUUCUGAAAUACACCAUGGCACAUAUAUAAGAUAAAUGCAUUGCUGCAUAUUUAUUGCAAAGUCCAUUUUCAUGCAAUGUGUAUUUUGCAUGAUGAUUUCAUAGCUUUGUAUGAAUUGCCUAUGUAUUCAAAUAUGAAAUAUAAAUAUGUAUAUAU